UUGGCGGGACCUUUUGCUACUAUGAAUUUAGGAGAUCUUGGAGCAGAAGUUAUAAAAGUGGAAAGACCAGGAGCUGGUGAUGAUACACGAACUUGGGGGCCACCUUUUGUGGGGACAGAAAGUACUUAUUUUCUCAGUGUUAAUCGAAAUAAAAAAAGUAUAGCUGUUAAUAUCAAGGAUCCAAAAGGGGUGAGAAUCAUCAAAGAGCUUGCAGCCGUUUGUGAUGUAUUUGUGGAAAACUAUGUCCCUGGCAAACUAUCUGCCAUGGGCCUGGGGUAUGAAGAUAUAGACAAGAUUGCGCCUCACAUCGUCUACUGUUCCAUCACAGGGUAUGGUCAGACGGGUCCACUGUCUCAGCGAGCUGGUUAUGAUGCUGUUGCCUCUGCUGUUUCUGGUCUGAUGCAUAUCACAGGGCCUGAGGAUGGAGAUCCAGUUCGUCCAGGAGUGGCCAUGACUGAUCUUGCUACUGGCCUGUAUGCAUAUGGAGCCAUUAUGGCUGGACUGAUACAAAGAUAUAAAACGGGGAAAGGACUGUUCAUUGAUUGUAACCUACUGUCAUCUCAGGUGGCAUGUUUGACCCAGGUAGCUGCUAAUUAUCUUAUUGUCCAAAAGGAAGCAAAACGUUGGGGCACAGCUCACGGCAGUAUUGUUCCUUACCAGGCUUUUAAAACCAAGGAUGGAUAUCUUGUGGUUGGAGCAGGAAAUAAUCAACAGUUUGCUACUGUGUGCAAGAUUCUUGAAAAGAUCAGAUUGGAAUAUGGUCAUCAAUAUUAUGAGACAUUACGGGACCAUAGAUUUGAUCAGUGGUCAGUGGGAAAGAAAUUGGGAAUACUGGAGCCUAGGUUUGAAAAAGAAAUGACCAGCAAGUGGUUAUACCUCUUUGAAGGCAGCGGGGUUGCGUAUGGCCCAAUCAAUGACAUGAAGAACGUAUUUGCAGAACCCCAGGUUUGGUUUUUGAAGUUUUUAGUACAUGACUGUGGGUCUGAAGUAAAAAGAAUCAAUUUAGAACUGGCUGUCUACAAUCAUACUUUUACGCCCAUCAGAUCUAACAUAUUUCUGCAGCAGUCUCUACAUAAAGUUUGCAAGGUCAGGACAUUUGUUUCUCCUGAAAAAUGGGAAAUGUAG